AUGGCACCUCGCUUUACGAUCGUCAUGGACGAUACCCCCGACAAGACUUACAUCCCCGGCGACAGAGUGUCGGGAAAGGUUAUUCUGGACGUCCCGAGAAAGUUGAAAAGAAAGGCUGUCAUGCUUUCCUUUUUAGGAGAGUUCCGCUACCUCUACUACACCGGCACUGGCAACGGGCAACAGGUGCACGUUGUCGGUAUUCCUUUUUUCAAAUUCGACCAAACUCUCCAUCCGGGGCCCGUCAACUUGGCAAACGAAAAGCGUGUGUGGACCUUUGAUUUCAAGUUUCCUAAGGAGUUCACCCCCUUCUAUGCACAGCACAGCGUCUUGCCCCUUCCUUCGUCGACUCACCACUCGAUAAAAUUCGACACGUUCAGACCAUCGGCUGGGAUAGUGUAUUACCUUCAUGCACAUUGCCCUCGAGGCAGAGCUCCGAUUAUCAGCUUCCAGGGAUCACUCUGCAAGCCAUACGGCCUCCAGCAUUUGCAGUUCGAACAUCCAGCUAAACAGCCUCCCGGUGCACCGGAGAUACAGGUCGUCACACUCAAAGGUCAGCAUCGGAAUUCAAGCAAGCUGCCCUCCAGCAUUCAUGCCUUCGGGGAAAAGUUCAGGGACGGCCGGCCAAACCGGGAGACGCAUACACCAUGCAUUUAG